UAAUUUUGGCAUUGCUCGAUUCGCUAUUUUCAAAGAAAUGACACUUCAGUUGGCCUAAAUGCGCUAAAAGCCAAAAGAAGCAAAACAUUCUGAUUUUCUGAUCGCACGUUGUCUUUCAGAAAGAAACACGUCGUUGGUUAUGGCCAGAAUGCCGUCAAUAUUUGACUCGCCUCUACCGGUGUCCUGGGAGCAUGCCCAGCCAGAACAAGUUGCAUCCAAACAAUCAAAGAAGAAGAAAGCUUCUCCAGCCACUAAGCAGCAAAUGAUUAAUCAAAUAUUACAGGAACAUAGACGUGAACUGGUUGAAACGGAACCCGCGUUCAAAAAUAGCAAGAAAAAGAAUACUUCAACAACGUCUUCCAAAACAAAAGCAAGCUCGGACAAAAAAAAAGGUGGCCUCAAAAUCAAACUUCAAGAGGCAAAGAGCCACAAGCGAAAGCUUCGCAAAAGCCUGGAAGCUCUGAACCACUCCCGAGCAGCAAGCAAGGCUUCCGAUAGUCGACUGGAAACUUCGUUAAGUGGAACAUCACUGAACAACAAUUCAAACUAUUCGACUCCAUCUACAAAGAAGAAGGCAUCGAAUAGUAAAAACAAAAGUCCCAUCAUGCCGCUUCCCUUGGAGUUUACUCCUUCAAGAGUUGUUGUGAAAAAGGAACCCGAAACACCUAGUACUGGGCGAGUUUCCACGAAAGAGGUUACCGAUAGAGAUAGUGCAGUUGCCGGUCGACAGAAGCUAAGCUGGAUCAUUCAACCGGUUACCGUGGACGAUUUCAUGGCUCAGUAUUGGGAGAAAAAACCGUUGCUGGUACAACGAAAUAAUCCUGCCUUCUACAGUAAGCUACUUUCUCGCAGUCGAAUCGAUGAGAUGCUCCGCAAGCAUAAUAUUGAGUAUACAAAAAACAUUGAUGUAACCUCUUAUCGGGAGGGCGAACGGGAAACGCAUAAUCCAGAUGGAAGAGUCUUACCGCCCGACAUGUGGUCUUUUUACGAGGAUGGUUGCAGUAUUCGAAUGCUUAAUCCGCAAACGUAUUUGCCUGGAGUAUAUGACAUGAACGUAAAGCUGCAAGAAUUUUUCCACUGUAUGACCGGUGCUAACUUCUAUCUGACCCCACCAAACAGUCAAGGGUUUGCUCCGCAUUAUGACGAUAUUGAAGCCUUUGUUCUACAAGUGGAAGGUCGUAAGCAUUGGAAGCUGUACAGUCCUCGAGACGCCAACGAAGUGCUACCUCGUGUCUCGUCACCAAACUUCAAACAGGAAGACAUUGGAGUUCCAAUUUUGGAUGUAAUUUUGGAACCCGGAGACUUGCUUUAUUUUCCGCGUGGAAUCAUCCAUCAAGCCUGCACUGUUUCAGGUCAUCACUCGUUGCAUGUGACGAUGAGUGUGUACCAGAAAAAUAGCUGGGCCGAUCUGUUGGAAUUGUUUCUCCCACAUGCUCUCGCACAGGCAGCCGAGACCAACCUGAACCUCCGGCAGGGAAUUCCACUGGAUCUCCAUCAACAUUUUGGUAUUGUUCAUUCGGAUAAUGAAACACCAACAAGAAAGGAACUGGUUGAACAAAUUAAAAAUCUUUUCGAAAUGAUUUUCAGUGAAGAUGCUAUUGACACCGCAGUGGAUCAAAUGACAAAACGCUUCCAACAUGAUGCUUUGCCACCACUGAUAAGCGCCGACGAAUUGCCCAGUACAGUAUACGGUGCAAAUUAUGAGCAUAAUGCAGACGGCACGGUAUCGCUGCGAGUUCCGUUCACCGAGAAGUCUACCGUUCGUCUGUUGCGGCGUAACAUUUUGCGGUUGAUAAACGAAGAGGGCAAGCUGCGCAUUUACUAUCACACAGACAAUUCCCGAGAGUAUCACGAGUACGAGCCCAACUUUCUCGAGGUCGACCAAGAUGCUGCCCUUGCCGUCGAACUGCUGGUUAAAAUUUAUCCCCAGUCGGUGACCGUGGCAGAUUUUCCUGUUGAGGAUAAGGUCGAGUUUGCCAAAAGCUUGUGGGAAAAAGGUCUUGUUAUAGUGCGUUGAUUGAUUGAAGAUGUUUUAACUAUUUUUAUAUAUGCAUUGCAAAACAUUGAAGAGAGAGUCAUCAAAAUACAAUGUAACAUAAGCAAAUAA